GAGAUUGCAUUGUAUCGAAGAAACUACCGUCAAUUGUCUUCUUUGGGGCUCCCCUCCAGAAUCUUAGAUCUAAAUCCUUGGUAGGAACUUUUUUUUAAGGGUAUCCUUGGUAGGAACUAGGAAGCCAUGGAUUACUUGCCAAAGACCAGUAUGGUGUCGUCGCCGGAGGGGGCAAAGGUGCUGGACGCGUACAAGAAAGCGCUCGCGACAGCGGCCUCGGUGACCGCGUACGCCAUGCUUGCGCGCGGCAUGGCGCGGGAGCUCCUCCCCGACGAGCUGCGCGCCGCGGUGAGCUGGGGCACGGCGCUGUUGCGCUCCCGCCUCGGCGCCCGCGAGAAGGAGCGCCGCACCAUCGUGAUCCGGCGCCAGCUCGGCAACAGCGCGUACGGCGGCGAGAACGACCUGUUCGACGCGUCGCUCACGUACCUAGCCACCAAGAUCGACCCGCACACGAUGCGCCGGCUCUGCCUCGAGCGGUCUCGCAAGAAGGAGCACGACGGGAGCAGCAGCUGGAGCACGCUCCUGUGUAUGGAGCACGGAGGCUCCACCACCGACGCCUUCGACGGCGUUGAGUUCCAUUGGACGUCCGUUGAGAGCGGCAGUGACGGCAACAACAACAACAACAGGGGCAAGGAAUCCCUGGAGCUCAGCUUCGACGUGGAGCACACGGAGACCGCGCUCGACAAGUACGUGCCCUUCAUUAGCUCCACGGCGGAGGAGCUCCGGCUCCGGGACCGCGCCCUCAAGAUCUUCCUCAACCAGGGCUCGGGCUGGAAAGGCAUCAACCACCACCACCCUGCCACGUUCGAGACGCUCGCCAUGGAUCCGUCCAUGAAGCAGUCGGUCAUCGCAGACCUCGACCGGUUCCUCAAGAGGAAGGAGUACUACCGGCGGAUCGGAAAGGCGUGGAAGCGCGGCUACCUUCUCUACGGCCCGCCUGGCACGGGCAAGUCCAGCCUGGUCGCCGCCAUGGCCAACUAUCUCCGGUUCAACCUCUACGACCUCGAUCUCUCCGGGGUGUACGACAACUCGUGCCUGCAGAGGCUCCUCAUCGACAUGCCCAACAAGUCCAUCCUCGUCAUAGAGGAUAUUGACUGCAGCUUCGACACCAUGUCAAGGGAACCCCGCAAGGCGCCUGGGGCGGGAGACACCUACUACUCAUCGGAGGAGGAGGAGGACCACGAGGAGUACGAGCGCCGAGCAGGAGCAGGUUACCAGCAGGAGCGCAAGAUCACGCUCUCAGGCCUGCUCAACUUCAUCGACGGGCUGUGGUCCACCAGCGGCGAGGAGCGCAUCAUCGUCUUCACCACAAACUACAAGGACCGUCUCGACCGGGCGCUGCUAAGGCCGGGCCGCAUGGACAUGCACGUCUACAUGGGCCACUGCGGAUGGGAGGCGUUCAAGACGCUGGCCCGGAACUACCACCUCGUCGACGACCACGCUCUCUUCCCGGAGAUACAAGCUUUAAUUGCGGUGGUGGAGGUGACGCCGGCCGAGGUGUCGGAGAUGAUGUUGCGGAGCGAGGACGUCGACGCUGCCCUAGGGGUGCUCAUGGAAUUCCUCCAAGGAAAGAGACGCGCACAAGAUGAGGCACAGGACGAGAAGGGCGUAGCAAAGUAGUAGAGAAAGAGCAAUGUUGUCAUCUCUUAAUUCUUUUGGUAUUACUGGGGCUCCUUGGAUUUAAAAGAGUUUUGCAGGAUUUUUUUGGAUACUUAGGAAUAUUUCCUACCAUGAAUCGGCUUGAUUAACAAGAUUAUAUAAUCUUUAGGAUUUUUCCUAAAGAUUUCUUCAGUCUA